GAGAACCGCUGCUUCAGCCGACUCAAGAGCAGGCGGGGGGAAGGAGCAGUUGCUGCAUUAUCAUAAGAACUACCAGCCUGAAAAAGCCUUUUGUCGGCCCGGCCUGCAUCUGACGGGGCCGGUUCCCGGCUGGCAUCUUGCAGGGCCGCGAUAGGCUCUGCCCCAGGGCGGCACGCCGGGCCCCAGCCCAGAGAGAAGAGAGCACAAGGCACCCCCCAGCCUCUCGGCUUCUUUGUCUCCACGACUUCCACCCUCCUCCCCAAGCGCUUCAGCCGCCCCCGAGGAGCCGCCAAUCGGCAACCAGGCAGAGGGCUCAGCCGGAGGGGUGUUGUCUCGCCCGCUGCCGCUGAUUGGAGGCUUCCCCUUCCCCAUAAGGCUCUGUCUCCCCCCGCCUCGCACUAGCGGCAUCAGAAAUAGAAAGGGCGAGAGCGGAGCAGGGUGCGCUGUGCAAGGUGGAACGUGUGCCGGGCGCUGCUGCCAUCGCUACCCGGGGGAGGCCUCGUGAGUCCUUGAUCUCGACCGAUCCCGAGCCGCCGACCCCCGCAUCCAGCCCCUGCAAUCCCGAGGAAGCCGCCGGAGCAGCAGCGGUGGUGCCCCCGUGCAGCGAGGGGGGAGCAGCAGCAGCACGCACCGGGCCUACAGCAAGGGGCCGCGGAGAGCAGGAUGGCGCUGGAUUUCCUAGCGGGAUGCGUUGGCGGUGCUGCUGGGGUGCUAGUAGGACAUCCAUUCGACACUGUUAAGGUGCGCCUUCAAGUACAAAGUGUAGAGAAACCUCUCUACCGUGGGACCUACCAUUGCUUUCAAUCUAUCAUAAAGCAUGAAUCAGCAUUUGGACUUUAUAAAGGUAUUGGGUCACCAAUGAUGGGACUUACCUUCAUUAAUGCACUUGUGUUUGGCGUUCAGGGAAACACAAUCCGUGCUCUCGGAAAAGACACUCCUUUAAACCAGUUUCUUGCAGGUUCGGCAGCAGGAGCCAUUCAGUGUGUGAUCUGCUGCCCUAUGGAGUUAGCUAAGACAAGAAUGCAACUUCAGGGAACAGGUGAAUACAGUCUAAAGUCAAAGAAUUACAAGAAUUCUCUAGAUUGCUUAGUUAAAAUCUACCAAAAGGAAGGUUUGAGAGGCAUCAACAGGGGCAUGGUUUCCACAUUCCUAAGAGAGACACCGAGCUUUGGCUUUUACUUCCUGACAUACGACUCUUUGACCAGAUACCUAGGCUGUGAAGUGGAGGACAGUUACAUCAUCCCCAAAUUGCUGUUGGCUGGAGGCAUGUCAGGAAUUGUAUCCUGGCUGUCUACCUAUCCUGUGGAUGUGAUCAAGUCCCGGCUUCAGGCAGAUGGAGUCAGAGGAGUUGUUCAAUACAAUGGAAUUCUGGACUGUGUUAGAAAAAGUUACCGUGAGGAAGGUUGGAGGGUGUUUACAAGGGGUCUUACUUCUACACUUCUCCGAGCUUUCCCCGUCAAUGCAGCUACUUUUGCCACUGUCACAGUGUUUCUUAUGUAUAUGAGGUCGGAAGAGAAUCUACAUGAAUGUGAGGCAGGUCCAGCAAUCCAGCAGCCUUCAAGCUUGUGAAUUCAUUGUUCAGUGAUCUGACACAUCUGUUACAUGUUUAUUUUCUGGAGUUCAUUUUACGGGGCUUAUUUUUGUAAACACUUUAUCUAUAGAAAUUGUGUAAAUAAAUUCUAUCUGUAUAAAGGCUGUUACUUAGGAUUUCAUCUCAUCACUUCUAUAAGCAGCUUAUUGCCUUUUAUAAUGAUCAAAAUGUGUUAAUCCAGGCAAUGUAGCGAUCUGACUUUAAAAACAUACUGUACAGACACUGCUGCUCUAUCACUAUGUAUGGUCUGGAGAAUCUUGUAAUACCAGAAACCAGGUUUUCUUCCAAUCAUGUUUUGAAUGACCAAGAGGAUCAUAUUGUUUGAAUACAAAAAAUGCUCUUUUGUAUUUGACUGGGACACCUGUAGCCUUUAUUAGAAGUCAUGGUUUACUAUGCUGGAGAUGUUACAGAGAACUCUUAAAUGUUUAAGGCAUGGAGUAGCCUUCAGCUAGCCACAUCUUUCUCCUUGGCUUUUGUAAAUUUGAGUUUAGUUAUUUAAGUAACUUCUCUCACUUCCUUCUAUACACAGAUGUAUUGUUUCAUUGUGCUUAAAAGGAGCAUUUGAACCCCACCUACAUUUGUUUCUUUAAAUUGCAGAGUUAAGGAGACUCUAGGCAAGUGAGGUUGAUGGCAUGAUUUGCUUUUAUUUUCAACUUUAUUCAUUUUUGUGUGUGUGCAUGGAAUGUGUUAACUAGCUUUAGUGCAAGCAGCUUUCGUUCUUCUGGAGAGGUUUAUGUAAUUGCAUGCCACCGCUCACCAUUCUCCAAACAGGCAAUAUGGCAGUCAGUGAUGUGUAAUACGAAGUCCUUUCUUAGUUACUGCUCAAAUUGUUAAACUGGGGGGUCAUCACUUAUAUAAAAAAAAAAAAGUAUAGUGGUGAAAAUACACAGAGGUGGAGGUUCCAUAUGCCACUGUGGAAUAAUGGAUAAGGGUGUAAUGCUGAAAUGCCUAAGAGAGGGGAUUAGGGUUUGGUAUUACAUUAAGUUCUUGUACUACACUGUCCUGACUUUGUGUAUUUGGUUACAGUGCAUUGGAUAAAGUCAUACUGAAAAGGGUUCUGGAGAACCUUUUGUAACAUUCACCAGCUGUUAUAUUUAUAGCAGUGUGCCCAAAAGGGAUUAUUUUAAUGGCUUUAAACAAAAUUAUCCAAUACUUUGGAUAAGAACCACGAUUGCUUGGCACAAACAGAUAAAGGGGAAGCAUGUUAAAUGUAUCAAGCUUGCUCGGUGAGAUAGUGGAUGUUGAACAUGUUACACUUCUGCUUGGGACAGGUGCAAUAUGUGUUUACACUUUUUAAAAAACUUUCAGUUCAUAGCAUUUUGUACUUUAACAAAAUAUGCUGGAGAAACCUGUAAAACUGGUAUGUCUCUAUAUACCUUGGAGGUAUGUUGGAUGUUUUGGUGCCUACUUGCACUGAGAUUCAAACUGAAUGUGAAACAUGUCUGCUAAGAUGUAUAUGCACAACAAUUCAGAGCAAAGACAAUUACACCUUUGUACAGUAUUCUGUAUUUACUGUAAUAUAAACUUAAGGAAUAAAAUUUUUAAAAAUUUUGA